CCAAUCAUACUUUGGGACUUAAGAUUGGUGAAAGAAAUUAGUUAAUGUACUAAGGAAUCUUAAUUUCAAACACAAUUCUAUACCUUUUAAAUGGUCUUUCUUGCUGACAUGCUACAGGUUGAGAAUUAAACAUUUCUCAACAAUUUCAACUCAGCCUGGAUAGAAGACACAUUUAAAGAGAUGUCUCUGGCACACUGGCAUUCAGCUAAUCAGACUUCACACGCAUCGAUCAAUAUUACAGAACAACUGAGAUCUAUCACUGACAACGAUAUUGUAGAUCAAGGAUGGACUGAAGACUCCUUUCCAGGAUUAGAAAUACUGUGCACAAUUUAUGUUACAUAUGCUGUAAUCAUUUCAGUGGGUCUCCUUGGAAAUGCUAUACUCAUCAAAGUCUUUUUCAAGAUUAAAUCAAUGCAGACGGUUCCAAACAUUUUCAUAACCAGCUUGGCUUUUGGAGACCUGCUUCUUUUGUUAACCUGUGUGCCAGUAGAUGCAACACGCUAUAUUGUGGAUACCUGGCUCUUUGGAAGAAUUGGCUGCAAGCUGUUAUCUUUUAUCCAGUUAACUUCAGUUGGAGUAUCAGUGUUCACUUUAACUGUUCUCAGUGCUGACAGGUACAGAGCUAUUGUUAAGCCCUUGGAACUGCAAACAUCAAAUGCAGUUUUGAAGACCUGCUGUAAAGCUGGCUGUGUUUGGAUUGUCUCCAUGAUAUUAGCAAUCCCAGAAGCUGUAUUUUCGGAUUUAUAUUCAUUCAGCAAUCCUGAAAAAAAUGUGUCUUUUGAAGCAUGUGCCCCUUAUCCUGUAUCGGAGAAGAUUCUGCAAGAAGCUCACUCUCUGGUUUGCUUUUUGGUGUUCUAUAUUAUACCGCUAGUUGUCAUUUCUGUCUAUUAUUUUCUUAUUGCCAAAACAUUGUACAAAAGUACAUUCAACAUGCCAGCUGAAGAACAUGGCCAUGCCCGUAAACAGAUUGAAUCCCGCAAGAGAGUGGCAAAAACAGUGCUGGUGCUAGUUGGUUUGUUUGCCCUCUGCUGGCUGCCUAACCACAUUCUCUAUUUGUAUCGAUCUUUCACCUACCACUCUUCCGUAGAUGCCUCUGCCUUUCAUCUUAUAGUCACUAUUUUCUCCCGGGCUUUGGCCUUCAGCAAUUCCUGUGUCAAUCCCUUUGCUCUUUAUUGGCUGAGUAAAAGUUUCCGGCAACAUUUUAAAAAGCAAAUCUAUUGUUGCAAGGCGAGGCUUCCCACACGGCCUCCCAGCAACACACCUACCAGAGCUUUGUCAGCCACAGGCAGCACAAAUGGCUCAGAAAUCAGUGUUACUUUGCUAACAGAUUAUAGUAUCACAAAAGAAGAGGAGAGUGUUUAGUUCUUCGAUCAUGGAGAAGUGCCAACAUCAUACAUUUCCCAAGAUUCUAGUGCACCGGGACCCUGCUAGGAGCUGCAA